UAAGAUAACACGAAUCAAUUUCACCGAUGACAAUGUGACAAUUGUGUUAUGGCGAGUGUCAAGACGACAACGAUGUCAGCAUUUCUAGUCGCGAUAUACAUAGGGGUUUUCUGUAGCGCAUCAUCUAAUGCAGAGAAUAACGUUGAGUACGUCAUCGAAUGGAACACGAAUCAAAGAUAAGGACAUUCCACGUUUCCGAAAGUAUUUGUAUUGCGUGCAGACAUCAUUGGGGCAAUCAUGUUACGUAUGUUGAUGUGUCUGUUUUCCGGAUUAAAUUUAUCCAACUGCAUUGACCUUUUUGGUUGUCUAGACCUCGACAAUCAUACCAAUUGGCAAGCAAUCGGACCACACAUACAAGAAAUCAAGUAUGUACGUUCCUCAAACCGCUUUCGAGCCUCUGUGCAAUGUGAGCCCGGCUAUCAAGGUUUUGUGCUUUUUCAACAGAAAUAUAGCGAUCGUUUUCCAAUGGAUUGCAUAAAUGGGUCAUGGACGUUUGCUUCACCUUGCAUGGAAGUUGUUUGCCCAGACAUUUCCAACAAUGAUACAUGGAAAACAAACGGGGAAAAUAUACAACGCAUCGAAUAUUUGCCAAGUUCUUUGUCAACAGUGACUGCACACUGUCUGAAUGGAUAUGAAGCAAUUUCUCAUAAUAGUUCCAAUGAUCAUUUCUCGGUUAAAUGCGAGCAAGGUGUUUGGGUGGCCGAAGUAGCGGAAGGUGCAUGCCAAAAAAAAGAUUGUGGACCUCCUCUUGACUGGGCACACGGCACAUGCAUUGCGACCAACACAACGUACCAAUCUAUUGGACUGUGUUCCUGUAACACUGGAUACACUUUUACUGGACGAAAUAACAGCAUUGAAUGUCUUGCGAACGGAUCAUGGAGAGUUCCCGAUGUCAACUGCACUAUAAAAAACUGUGGCAAUCCACUAGCUGAUCCACAUCGCCACGAUGACACAUCAAACGGCACAGUUUUUUUGUCAACGGUAACAUUUCGGUGUAACGAAGGCUAUGAAUUGGUGGGAGCAAACACAUCAGUAUGUACGGAAUUGUCUAAAUGGCGACCAGAUGUUCCAAAUUGCAAAAUAAAAGAUUGUGGACAUCCUCCUGAUUUAGCAUACGGCACAUGCAUUGCUAUCAACACUACAUUCAAAUCUAUUGUACUGUGCUCCUGUAACACUGGAUACACUUUUACUGGACAAAAUAGCGGCAUUGAAUGUCUCGCGAACGGAUCAUGGAGAGGUCCCGAUGGUAGCUGCACUAUAAAAAAUUGUGGACCUCCUCCUUAUUGGGCAUACGGCAGAUGCAUUACUACCAAGACUACGUACCAAUCUACUGGACGGUGCUCCUGUAACACUGGAUACACAUUUACUGGACGAAAUACCAGCAUUGAAUGUCUCGCGAACGGAUCAUGGAGAGUUCCCGAUGGCAACUGCACUAUAAAAAAUUGUGGCAAUCCACUGGCUGAUCCACAUCGCCACGAUGACACUUCAAACAGCACAGUUUUUUUGUCAACGGUUACAUUUUUGUGUAACGAUGGCUAUGAAUUGGUGGGAGCAAACACAUCAGUAUGUACGGAAUUGUCUAAAUGGAGACCAGAAGUUCCAAAUUGCAAAAUAAAAGAUUGUGGACAUCCUCCUGAUUUAGCAUACGGCACAUGCAUUGCUACAAACUCUACGUUCCAAUCUAUCGGACUGUGCUCCUGUAACACUGGAUACACUUUGACUGGACGAAAUAGCGGCAUUGAAUGUCUCGCGAACGGAUCAUGGAGAGGUCCCGAUGGUAGCUGCACUAUAAAAAACUGUGGCAAUCCAUUACCUGAUUUGAAUCGCCGUGAUGACAUUUCAAACGGCACAGUUUAUUUGUCAACGGUAAUUUUUUCGUGUAACGAUGGCUACGAGCUUGUUGGAGAAAACACAUCCCUCUGUACGGAUUUGUCCAAAUGGCGACCAGAAGUUCCUCGAUGCAAAAUAAAAGAUUGUGGACCUCCUCUUGACUGGGCACACGGCACAUGCAUUGCGACCAACACAACGUACCAAUCUAUUGGACUGUGCUCCUGUAACACUGGAUACACUUUUACUGGACAAAAUAACAGCAUUGAAUGUCUUGCGAACGGAUCAUGGAGAGUUCCCGAUGGCAACUGCACUAUAAAAAACUGUGGCAAUCCACUAGCUGAUCCACAUCGCCACGAUGACAAAUCAAACGGCACAGUUUUUUUGUCAACGGUAACAUUUUGGUGUAACGAAGGCUAUGAAUUGGUGGGAGCAAACACAUCAGUAUGUACGGAAUUGUCUAAAUGGCGACCAGAUGUUCCAAAUUGCAAAAUAAAAGAUUGUGGACAUCCUCCUGAUUUAGCAUACGGCACAUGCAUUGCUAUCAAUACUACAUUCAAAUCUAUUGUGCUGUGCUCCUGUAACACUGGAUACACUUUUACUGGACAAAAUAGCGGCAUUGAAUGUCUCGCGAACGGAUCAUGGAGAGGUCCCGAUGGUAGCUGCACUAUAAAAAAUUGUGGACCUCCCCCUUAUUGGUCAUAUGGCACAUGCAUUACUACCAAGACUACGUACCUAUCUACUGGACGGUGCUCCUGUAACACUGGAUACACUUUUACUGGACGAAAUAACAGCAUUGAAUGUCUCGCGAACGGAUCAUGGAGAGUUCCCGAUGGCAACUGCACUAUAAAAAAUUGUGGCAAUCCACUGGCUGAUCCACAUCGCCAAGAUGACACUUCAAACGGCACAGUUUUUUUGUCAACGGUAACAUUUUUGUGUAACGAUGGCUAUGAAUUGGUGGGAGCAAACACAUCAGGCUGCACGGAAUUGUCAAAAUGGAGACCAGAAGUUCCAAAUUGCAAAAUAAAAGAUUGUGUACAUCCUCCUGAUUUAGCAUACGGCACAUGCAUUGCUACCAACACUACGUUCCAAUCUAUUGGACUGUGCUCUUGUAUCACUGGAUACACUUUGACUGGACAAAAUAGCAUCGAAUGUCUCGCGAACGGAUCAUGGAGAGGUCCCGAUGGCAUAUGUACUAUUAAAAACUGUGAAAAUCCAUUCGCUGAUCCAAAUCGCCAUGAUGACACUUCAAACGGCACAGUUUAUUUGUCAACGGUAACAUUUUCAUGCCACGAUGGCUACGAGCUGGUGGGAGCAAACACAUCAAUCUGUACGGCAUUAUCUACAUGGCGACCACAAGUUCCAAAUUGCAAAAUAAAAGACUGUGGACCUCCUCCUGAUUUAGCACACGGCACAUGUAUAGCUACCAGCACUACGUUCAGAUCGAUUGGACGUUGUUCCUGUACUACUGGAUACCAUUUUACUGGAAGAAAUAGCAGUACUAAAUGCCUUUCGAACGGAUCAUGGAGGGGUCUCGAUGGAAGCUGCGCUAUAAAAGAGCCUGUGAUCAUUUCAUUUGAAACAAAUGGAUCACGAUUCAAUGGUGACAACAACAUCUUGGAUACAUUUCAAAUACCCAACAGGUUUCCUUACUUUGGAACAUACUACACGUUAUUCAGGCCAAGCAUGAAUGGGUUCAUCGCUCUCGACUUCCAGCCACUCUACAAUCAAUAUGGUGGCGAAACUCCCAGCGAGUGGACAGCUGCCAUUCAGAAACAUAUCGUCAUUGCUCCGCUGUGGACUGACAUUGACAGCAGAAAUAUAUCUAAUGGUGGACUGUGGAUCCACGUUUUAACUGAGAGAGACAAGGCUGACGUUUUAAACAUCCAGGACCGCGUUCGCCAAUACACCAACCAAACUGAGUUCAAUGUCAGUGUGGCCCUGGUCGCCACGUGGAAACACGUGACGGUCCACUCGCCAUACGAACCCGGAUAUGAACUCGUCAAUCAUCAGAACCUUUCGAUGCAGGUUAUAUUAGUGACAGACGGUAUGUUUACGUACAUUAUGUUCAACUACGACAGAGAACAGUUCAGCAUCAGACCAUUACCGGAAGUAUCUGUUGCCAGUGGUUACACGCAUUUGGACUAUUCCGCAUCCGUUCUGUCUACAAGAAACAACUUUACAAAUCUAAUUAAGGAAUCCAACGUGAACCCAUCGUUCCCCGGUCGAUGGCUGUACAACGUUACAGCUAUAACAGUCUCCAUGUUGAACGAGACUAGAUGUUUGCAAUUUGUAAAGGCAAAUAACUACACAUUACAGAGCUUUAUUACGGAACAGCUAGUCUAUGCAUUACCCUGUCCCUGCCAGGAGGUGCUUAUGUUAGAGGAUUACACGUUUACUCGGAAAGAUGAGAUAUUACCUGGUAUCGGAACCAAGUUCACCCACACCACAUGCUACGAGUCCUGGUUCUUCAGCGCCUACGGGAUCAAACAAAGAUGCUGCUACAUGUUCAGCAAAUUGCAGUCUCAGUAUCCGGGGGCUGUAGCAGCGGAGUUUGAGAACUCCACCAUUGCAUCACUCCUCCAGGAGGGUUACUACCAGUGCUGCUCUCCUGAUGGCAGCCAGAAAUACUGUCACCUGUACCAGCAGAUCAACCCUCCUGAUGACUGCUCAAGAUACACGAUCAGUGAUGAAAUACAAAUGGCGGACAAAAAAGACAGCGCAAAGAUUGAAGACUUGUCGGUGGAUGUGGAGAAAUAAGCGACCAAUCCUCGAAAUCGGGUCUUGGGAAAUGUACAAAAUUAUGGUGAGCAGAGAAAAUCCGAAUCGAAUAUUGACAGUGUUUAUAACGUGUCGGAUGUUUAUACCUAUGUACAGAGAUUUGAAGAAGAUGUUUGGGUUCGGAUAGAAAAUCAUAUAUAAUUUCUCCCAACGGUAAUCAUAUUACUUGCAAUGGAUUUACCAUUUGUAUAAUUUGUGUGAUGUUAUGUGUAAGUACGAUGCAGUUUAUGUGUUGAUUUUGUCCUGUACUAAACAUGAUUGUUUCCAUACUUAUAACACAUGUUGUAAUAUUAUUGUAGCUUGUGUAUUGGGUGAUGAUGAGAAAAUGUAUUAAACAUCCAGUGUUAACAUAUGCAACAGUUCAAUACUUGGUGUUCGAUUGUGCCGCUUAUUGAGUCAUUCUACAAUAUACUUAAACUCGGGCGAUAUGGACACACUAAUGUUGGAAAUGAAGUUUGUAAGUUUAAGGAUGCUUCUUAUAAUCUCUCAUGUACAACAUUACACGUGCAUGUUGUACACUCGCGCACAACUCGCUCGUUUAUUUCACCAAUUUUUUUGUUGUAGACCUGAAAAAAGGGAAGGUUUUCAUAAUGGCAAAAUAUCGCUGUCAUUUUGUUAUCUAGUUGCUUCUAAUGCACCCUAUCAACAUUGUUACAAUUAUUCCUUUAUAUAAACCGUUCUUAAAAUUAUAUGUUAACCUGUAUAUUUUUGUUUGCAUAAAACGUAUACGUUACUGAACUUUA